UCUUUUAUAAUUCACAUAAAAUAUUUUUCAUUAGAAAUUUUUUUUUAAAUAAUAAACGAUUUGUGAAAAAAUAUUAAAUAUAUUAUAUAAUGGAUAAAUUCGAUGCUAAUUUAAAUAAGAGUCCUAGUACAAGUGAUAUCCAAAAUUCUGAUUGUUUAGACAAAAACAAGAUUCCCAAAUUGAAAUGUAAUAAAACAUUUAUUCCGGAAGCCACCAAUCUCUCUCCAAAAAAGAAUGCUACUAUAGACGAUGAUGACGAUAUCGCAUAUGCUAAAUAUGGCGCUAAAUUUUGGGAUCAACCGACCUAUAUAGUUUAUCAUUCCAAUCCUGGUAAUCCCCCUCUCAUUUUUGAAGCCCCAAAGAUGGAACUAUUUCUGAAAGCUAAAAAAUAUUACGAUAUGGCAGCUCCCAUUUUUAAAAUUUGUGACUUAGAACACGAGGAAAAUCAACAAAUAUUCACAUCCUUUUAUAUAUAUUAUACACAGUUAUUAGAAGCCUUAAAAAUAUGA